AGCCCACUUCAGUUCUUGAUUCUCUGCAAAAAUCUCUUACUCCCACCCUCUCAAUUUCCUACCCAAGAUCAUUUUUUUUUGGAGAAUGUGCUUCUGGGUUUGCUGAGAAUCAAGAAAUCAGUUUUUUAAAAUGGCAACUUUUUCAAUUUUCAGUUCUACUUUACCUGAGCUCAUAUUUCUCUCUCCUCACAACUCAACAAAAAGACUCAAGCUUUUGCUCUCUAGAGCCGGGCCCAGAAGCAAUGCAAAGAUUCUUGGAAGAAUCAGAGCUAUUCAGAGAGAAGACUCUGUUGUUGAAGAGAGGGACAGAGAAUUGGCGGCAAAAUUGAACGGUAGUGUUAAUGGGAAUUACAGUAGCAGAAAUGGCUCAGUUGGCAGCUAUGGAAAUGGGAGUGUGAUAUCUGAGAGUGAGAAUGGGAGUUUAGCUGGAUAUGUGAAUGGGAAUGGAAAUGGGAGUGUUGGGAGUGGAAAUGCAGUGUUGGAAGCUGUGGAAAUGGAGGAGGUGGUUAGUGAGAAGAAGAGUGUGGAGGAGAUUGGGCAAGAGGAGGCCUGGUUUAAGCAAGGCGGGGGCGAUCAAGUUGAGGUGUCUGUUGCUCCUGGUGGCCGUUGGAGCCGAUUUAAAACCUAUUCUACGAUUCAGAGGACUCUCGAGAUUUGGGGAUUUGUUCUCACUUUUAUCUUCAGGGUUUGGUUAAACAAUCAGAAGUUUUCAUAUAAAGGUGGAAUGACGGAGCAAAAAAGGGUCCAGAGACGAAAGGUUCUUGCAAAGUGGCUGAAAGAAAAUAUUUUGAGACUUGGUCCUACCUUCAUCAAGAUCGGCCAACAAUUCUCCACGAGAGUAGACAUUCUCGCCCAAGAAUACGUUGAUCAACUAUCUGAGCUUCAAGACCAAGUUCCUCCUUUUCCUUCAGAAACAGCAGUAGCAAUAGUCGAGGAAGAACUUGGGGCUCCUGUCAAUGAUAUAUUCGAAAGAUUUGACCAUGAGCCAAUUGCUGCUGCAAGUCUUGGACAAGUCCAUCGUGCUCGACUCAAGGGAGAAGAGCUUGUCGUGAAAGUACAAAGACCUGGACUUAAAGAUUUGUUCGAUAUUGACCUAAAAAAUCUGAGGGUUAUAGCCGAAUAUCUUCAGAAGAUCGAUCCAAAGUCUGAUGGUGCAAAAAGGGAUUGGGUCUCUAUCUAUGAUGAAUGUGCAAAUGUGUUAUAUCAGGAGAUUGAUUACACGAAAGAAGCUUCUAAUGCUGAACAGUUUGCAACAAACUUCAAAGAUAUGGACUAUGUCAAAGUCCCUAGUAUUUAUUGGGAAUACACUACUCCACAGGUUCUGACAAUGGAGUACGUGCCGGGAAUCAAAAUAAACCGGACACAAGCCCUGGACCAGUUAGGGGUGGACCGAAAGAGGUUGGGCAGAUACGCAGUUGAAUCUUACUUGGAGCAGAUAUUAUCCCAUGGCUUUUUCCACGCUGAUCCUCAUCCUGGAAACAUUGCUGUGGAUGAUUUCAAUGGUGGAAGAUUGAUCUUCUAUGAUUUUGGAAUGAUGGGGAGCAUAAGCCGAAAUAUCAGAGAAGGCUUACUUGAAGUCUUUUAUGGAGUUUAUGAGAAAGAUCCCGAAAAGGUUCUUCAAGCGAUGGUACAAAUGGGAGUUCUAGUCCCAACGGGAGAUAUGACAGCUGUGAGACGGACGGCUCAGUUCUUCCUCAACAGCUUUGAAGAACGCCUCGUAGCACAAAGAAAGGAAAGAGAAUUGGCGAAACAGGAGCUUGGAUUCAAGAAGCCACUGAGCAAAGAGGAAGCCAGCGAGAAGAAAAAGCAGCGCCUUGCUGCAAUCGGUGAAGAUUUGUUAGCCAUUGCUGCAGACCAGCCUUUCCGAUUUCCUGCCACUUUCACCUUUGUCGUUAGAGCCUUUUCAGUACUGGAUGGCAUUGGCAAGGGACUCGACCCUCGAUUUGACAUCACUGAGAUUGCCAAACCCUAUGCUCUAGAAUUACUGAAGUUUCGCGAAGCUGGUGUGGAAGUUGUAGUUAAGGACUUCCGGAAGAGAUGGGAUAGACAGUCCAGUGCAGUCUUCAAUUUGUUUAGGCAGGCUGAUAGAGUCGAGAAGCUCGCUGAAAUAAUCCAACGGCUGGAGCAAGGAGACCUCAAGCUUCGAGUAAGAACCCUAGAGUCCGAGAGGGCGUUCCAACGUGUUGCCACUGUUCAAAACACGAUUGGUAGUGCGAUUGCUGCAGGAAGCUUAGUUAACCUUGCUACGAUCCUUCACCUCAACUCAAUCCAGAUGCCUGCAAACAUCGCGUACAUCAUCUGCGCCUACUUCAGCCUUAAGGUCCUCAUCGGCUUGGUGAAGGUCAAGAAAUUCGACCAAAGAGAGAGGCUCAUCACCGGAACUGCAUAAUUGAGAGCGAUUCAGAGAGGACGUUGCUGACUCGAUACAAUAAAGAUUGGCACAAAGUUGAGAACAUUUUUCUGAUGGUGUUCUUCCUUUCUGGUGCUACAUUUGGUGGAUUUUAAUCCUCGAUUCUCGACUUGAACCUGUCCUAACUCGAGCCACGUGACCAGCCUAUGUGUCGGGCUUCGAAAUGUGGUGCAAACCUCACUACUAACUACGCGUUCUUGAGUCUCAAGAGACCAUUUGGCUCUAAAUUUUUGUUCCGGUUUUGCAGUGUGUAUAUAUUACUCCCUAUUAUUAUUAUUAUUAUUAUUAUUAUUACUGUAUAGUGUCUUAACCAGAUUGAGGCUACAACUUGUACAUUGCAAAAUAGUGCUACAUUUCUCUAAUAUUUCAGAUGGUUUUCUUGUUA